AUAGCGCUUUAAUAGAUAAACUGACUGUGGAAGUGGGAGUGUUGAGGGCAACCGGCGCCGAGUUGCUAUAUUUUUGUUUUUGUUUUCGGUUAUGUUAGCGGUGGGGCAGAUGGACGGGUCCCGUCAGAGCGCCUUUCUUCUUAGCACGCCUCCGCUAGCCGCUCUGCACAGCAUGACCGAGAUGAAGACCCCCCUGUACCCGGCAUAUCCCCUUUCUUCCACCGGACCCACCUCGUCUACCUCCCCCUCGGCCACCUCCCCGAAUCCCGGGGGGAUCCCCGUCUCUUCCCCGGGAAUCAAACCGUCGGCCGCCGGACUCUCAUCCCUCGGAUCCCCCCAGCAGUGCGCGGCCGCCACCCCUCACGGAAUAAACGACAUCCUGAGCCGCCCCUCGGUGGUUUCUUCGGGGGCGGCGGCGGCGGCCGUGGCAGCCUCCUCCUCGGCCGGGAUCCUGUCCGGACUGCCCCGCUUCAGCAGCCUGAGCCCCCCGCCUCCCCACGGGCUCUAUUUCAGCCCGAGCGCGGCGGCGGCGGUGGCGGUGGCGCGUUACCCCAAACCCCUGACGGAGCUCCCCGGGAGGACCCCCAUAUUCUGGCCGGGAGUCAUGCAGAGUCCGCACUGGAGAGACGCCAGAUUCGCUUGUUCGCCGCAUCAGAGCUCGGUGCUGCUGGACAAAGACGGCAAGAGGAAACACACGAGACCCACGUUCUCCGGGCAGCAGAUCUUCGCCCUGGAAAAGACCUUUGAACAGACCAAGUACCUGGCGGGACCCGAGAGAGCCCGGCUGGCCUACUCCCUGGGAAUGACGGAGAGCCAGGUGAAGGUUUGGUUUCAGAACAGGAGGACGAAGUGGAGGAAGAGGCACGCGGCCGAGAUGGCUUCGGCCAAGAAGAAGCAGGACUCGGAGACGGAGCGGCUCAAGGGCGCGUCCGAGAACGAGGAGGAGGACGACGAGUACAACAAGCCCCUGGACCCGAACUCGGACGACGAGAAAAUAACGCAGCUGCUGAAAAAGCAUAAACCGAACUCCUCUCUGCACAUGCACACGUCGGAGAACGAGAGCUCGUAGAACA